AAAGGUUUGGUAUGAUGAUCGAUCCCAAUAAAAUCGUAGAUGAGCAAAUGAGAGAUGAGAUGUCGGUAAAAAAAAACACUAUUAUAAGAACAUACGCCACAAGUUCUGGAUAAAGUUCUCUACUUUUGGCUUGUUGUGAUUAUUAUUAUAUUUCACAAUUAUUAUUACAUUCAUACUACUACUCUCUCACUCAUGGGUAUGUUUUCGUCUUUCGUUAGAUCUCAAAUCUUACCCAAAAUAGGAAGAAAGAAGAUCCCAAGUCACUAAAAUAAAACCUUUGUCAGUCUUUUGAUUCGAGAUCUUUUUCGCCGAGAGAGAUAUCUACUACUACUCUGCUGAUUUCAAGUUCUGUAGCUAUCAUCUGGUGGAGCUUGAGGUUAAAGUGUGGAACUUUAGCUGAUUUGGUUUUGAUUAAUCUCUGAUCAUCUUAAUAACUAUGACGAUGGACAAAAAGACCAUAGUUUGGUUUAGAAGAGACCUAAGGAUUGAGGAUAAUCCUGCAUUAGCAGCAGCUGCUCACGAAGGAUCUGUUUUUCCUGUCUUUAUUUGGUGUCCUGAAGAAGAAGGACAGUUUUAUCCUGGAAGAGCUUCGAGAUGGUGGAUGAAACAAUCACUUGCUCACUUAUCUCAAUCCUUGAAGGCUCUUGGCUCUGACCUCACUUUAAUCAAAACCCAUAACACCGUUUCUGCCAUCUUGGAUUGUAUCCGUGUUACCGGUGCUACAAAAGUCGUCUUUAACCAUCUCUACGAUCCUGUUUCGUUAGUUCGGGACCAUACCGUAAAGGAGAAGCUGGUGGAACGUGGGAUCUCUGUGCAAAGCUACAAUGGAGAUCUGUUGUAUGAGCCGUGGGAGAUAUACUGCGAUAAGGGCAAACCUUUUACGAGUUUCAGUUCGUACUGGAAGAAAUGCUUAGAUAUGCCGAUUGAGUCAGUUAUGCUUCCUCCUCCUUGGCGGUUGAUACCAUUAACUGCAGCGGCUGAAGCGGUUUGGGCAUGUUCGAUUGAUGAACUAGGCUUAGAGAAUGAGGCUGAAAAGCCGAGCAAUGCGUUGUUAACUAGAGCGUGGUCUCCAGGAUGGAGCAAUGCUGAUAAGAUACUAAAUGAGUUCAUCGAGAAGCAGUUGAUGAAUUACGCAAAGAGCAGCAAGAAAGUUGUUGGGAAUUCAACAUCACUUCUUUCUCCAUAUCUCCAUUUUGGGGAAAUAAGUGUCAGGCAUGUCUUCCAGUGUGCCCGGAUGAAACAAAUUAUAUGGUCAAGAGAUAAGAACAGUGAAGGAGAAGAAAGUGCAGAUCUUUUUCUUAGAGGGAUCGGUCUAAGAGAGUACUCUCGGUAUAUUUGUUUCAACUUCCCGUUUACUCACGAGCAAUCAUUGUUGAGUCAUCUUCGGUUUUUCCCUUGGGAUGCUGAUGCUGAUAAGUUCAAAGCCUGGAGACAAGGCAGGACCGGUUAUCCUUUGGUAGAUGCUGGAAUGAGAGAGCUUUGGGCAACUGGAUGGAUGCAUAACAGAAUAAGAGUGAUUGUUUCGAGCUUUGCUGUGAAGUUUCUUCUCCUUCCUUGGAAAUGGGGAAUGAAAUAUUUCUGGGAUACACUUUUGGAUGCUGAUUUGGAAUGUGACAUCCUUGGCUGGCAGUAUAUCUCUGGGAGCAUACCUGAUGGCCAUGAGCUUGAUCGCUUGGACAACCCCGCGUUACAAGGCGCUAAAUAUGACCCGGAAGGUGAGUACAUAAGGCAAUGGCUUCCCGAGCUUGCGAGAUUGCCAACUGAAUGGAUCCAUCAUCCAUGGGACGCUCCUUUAACCGUACUCAAAGCUUCUGGUGUGGAACUCGGGACAAACUAUGCAAAACCCAUUGUGGACAUCGACACAGCUCGUGAGCUACUCGCUAAAGCCAUUUCAAGAACCCGUGAAGCACAGAUAAUGAUCGGGGCAGCACCCGAUGAGAUUGUAGCAGAUAGCUUCGAGGCCUUAGGGGCUAAUACCAUUAAAGAACCUGGACUUUGCCCGUCUGUGUCUUCUAAUGACCAACAAGUACCUUCGGCUGUUCGUUACAACGGGUCAAAGAGAGGGAAACCUGAGGAAGAGGAAGAGGAAGAGAGAGACAUGAAGAAAUCUAGAGGAUUUGACGAAAGGGAAUUGUUUUCGACUGCUGAGUCUUCUUCUUCUUCGAGUGUGUUCUUCGUUUCUCAUUCUUGCUCGUUGGCAUCAGAUGGGAAGAAUUUGGAAGGUAUUCAAGAUUCUUCUGAUCAGAUUGCAACAAGUUUGGGGAAAAAUGGUUGCAAAUGAUCAGAAUAAGCUUUAUUAUAUAUAAAGCCUAACAUGUAGAUGUGUGAAUGUGUUUUUAACUCUGUCUUCCUUUUGAUGAUACUCAGAAGGAAAUGAUUGCAUAAAACAUAUGUAACGCUGAUAAUUACGGUUUAUGUCAAUUGGCUAUGAAUAAACAUAUACAAUAUCUUUGUUUAGUC